ACUUCUUAAUCUUUGUAUCUCUUCUGCAUCUAUUAUGAGGCAGAAAAUCCUUGUACUGAAUGAAAAAAGGCCCUGUGAGUUUAAGAGGGAAAAAAAAAAAAAAAUGAGUGAUGAGGAAAGGUCAGUUCAAGCAGAUCACUCAUCAUCUUAUUUAGCCAGUCCUGAAGAUGGGAAACCUCAAAUAGGUAGAAAAAGUGGCAGUCGCUUACAGGGAGUAAGUCCAUGAGGUCUGAGAGAGAACUUGAACACAGGGAGAUCAUCUGAGCAGACAGUAGUGUUUAUUCCUUUGAUAGGUAUUUUCAGUAAAGUCCAAAAGGUGGCUAAGAGUUUUAGAUCUCACCGGAUAUAAGAAGUGUUUGCCAUUCACUAGAUACCUAGAAGCUAAUUAUUGGUAAUAAUCAACUCAUGUUGACUUAAUGUGAUAUGCUUUUAUUCUGCUAAGACUUAGACAUCAAGCAGUCUCCCCUGGAUGAGGUUUGAGCUGUAACCACGGAGUACAUGACAUAUAUCAUUAGGCAGAAUGGUCCCUCCCCCACCAAAGAUGCCCACAUCAUAAUCCCCAGAACCUGUGACUGUGUUACCUUACGUGGCAAAAAGAACUUUGCCAUGUGAUUAAGGUUAAUAAGGGCCUUGAGAUGGGAAGAUAAUCCUGGAUUAUCCAGGUGCACCCAUUUUAAUGACAAGUCCUUAAAAGGAGCAAAUUUUUUCCUGGCUGUGGUCAGAGAAAUGACAAUAGAAGAAGGGUCGGAGAGAUGCAACGUUGCUGGAUUUGAAGGCAGAGAAAGGGUACCAGGAUCCAAGGAACUCAGGAAGCUUCUAGAUGCUGGAAAAGGCAAGGAAACAGAUUCUCCGCCAGAGACUCCAGAAAGGAAUGCAGCGCUGAUUGUAGCCCAGUAAGACCACUGAACUAUAGAACUGUUUUCAAAACAAGAACAGAGUUGCGAUCUUGGCAGAACUGGACAAAGAGAAAAGAAAAUUACUCAUGCAGAACCAAUCUUCAACAAAUCAUCCUGGAGCUAGCAUUGCACUCUCGAGACCCUCUCUUAAUAAGGACUUCCGGGAUCAUGCUGAGCAGCAGCAUAUUGCAGCCCAACAAAAGGCAGCUUUGCAGCACGCACAUGCACAUUCAUCUGGAUACUUCAUAACUCAAGACUCCGCAUUUGGGAAUCUUAUUCUUCCUGUCUUACCUCGCCUUGACCCAGAGUGAAGAAAAUAUUUGUAGCAAAGGCAACUAUAUCAGAUGCCAAAGCUACUAUCAUUUAGUGCUAUACAAACUGUGACUUACAGAAUUUUGGUGAACUUUUAUACUUUUUGCUUUUUUGAAAGAAAGGUAUGUGUAAGUCAAAGCAGAAGAGGAGGGUCACCAGGAGGAUGCGAGCUUUGGGAAGUGUACUCGCUGAGGAACUGAUGAUGCUACUUGUCACUGUUUUGUCACACAGAACAGUUCGGUUUUAGCUCCAAAUCAGACUCUGGAUUGGAUGGUCCCAUACAUUCACCCCCCGCCCCCAACUAGGUGGCCUGAAUAUAUCAUUGUCCACAAUAGACUUUCAUGAACCGUUUAUAUAUAGUACUUAACUUUAAAAAAAUGAGGGUGCUUUUAAAAAUGUGAACCAAUGGACUUAAAUAAGUUACAUUUAUAUUUGCUGUUUAUAGAAUUGCUAUAAGUGUAUCUUUUGUGUUUAUAGUCAACAUGUCGUCCUGAAAUCUUUAACUCAUAACUGUCUCUCCUGUUUUCAUUUUCAAAGAAAAUCUAAGAUACAAUUAAGUUACCAACAAAUCUUAAACAUCUUUUAUAAACCUAUGCCACUAUAAAUUAUGUGACUAAAUGCUAUUAAAAACAGUGAUAAGAGGGGUGCCUGGGUGGCUCAGUCUGGUUGAGCCUCCGAUUUUGGCUCAGGUCAUGAUCUCGUGUGAGUUCAAGCCCCGCGUCGGGCUCUGUGCUGACAGCUCAGAGCCUGGAACCUGUUUCAGAUUCUGUGUCUCCCUCUCUCUCUGACCCUCCCCCGUUCAUGCUCUGUCUCUCUGUCUCAAAAAUAAACGUUAAAAAAAAUUAAAAAAAAAAAAACAAAAAAACAGUGAUAAGAAAUGUGGUUUUAAAAUUUGUGCAUGCUCUUAUUAUUUAGUGUUACUACAUGUGUGGUGUCCCUGAGUUUUAUCGUCCAUUUUUGUUCUAAUUAAAAAUGUAUGCAAGUCAAGCCCCUUUUUAAUUUAAGGAGUUAGGUUAAGCAAGUUUCUCAAUAUGACACAUCUUCAACAGAAUCUGGGGUGCCUGUUUAAAUAGGCAGUGCCUCCUACCUUACUCCAGUCCUACAGAAUUAGAAUCUCUAAUUCAGAACAAAGUCUGAAAACUAUUGGUAGGGGAAUUCAAUUUUCACCACACACACACACACACACACACACACAUAUAUGUAUAUGUGUAUAUAUAUAUAUGUAUAUGUAUAUAUAUGUGUGUGUAUGUAUAUAUAAAGUCAUAGAUUUCUAUGUUCAUGAAACUUAGAGGUCAUUUAGCUAAAAUCUACGUUUUUUUCUUACCUUUAAUAGGACUGAAAUUAUAUUUUAUACUAUAUCACAGAUAUAGUAUUUUAUAGCUACUUAUAAUUGACCUGAUAUUAGCCUUGAGUCCCCAUCAUCUCUGGUGGUAGGAACUGAAACUUAAAAUUCCAGUUUAGGUCAAUAUUUAAUCGAAGUUCAUCUCCCUUUUCAAAGGGUUUCUUUCCCUCCUUCCCUAGAUAUUUGCAACAACCGCUUAGCUCUGUUAACCCAAACUAAUUAAAGCAAGGAUGGACAAUUCUAGACUUGGCUGUGCCAUUUAGAUUCUUGAGAAUUUGAACUGAUUUUCUGCAUUUGGGUGAGGUGGCAGUUGUUCCAUUGUAAUGGUCAUUAUUACAGCAAAGGUGCCCUUACUCCCUGCUGCUGAGGAGCUCCCAGGGACCCCUGGCCCCUGUCCUGCCUCAGGCCCAUCCAGUUCUUCUUUGGGACUUCUACAGUGGCCCUCAUUUUCUUGAACUGUUUUGACAGUUUCUGUUCUGUGCAACCCACAACUGACUGGCAUGGUUCUAAAUUUAUCUAUUGAUGCUAAGAAGGUAAAACAUUUGGAUUGUAUACUUUUUAUACUGUUGAAGCCUCUACCUAAUGUGUGACUUAUAUAACCUAGAUAAAGAGAUCUUUUUUACAGUGGUAUCUUUUCUAGUCUCUUAGCCUUUUAUUUAUUUGUUUUUUAUUUUUGAGAGAGAGAUCGUGAGUGGGGGAGGGGCAGAGAGAGGAGGGUACAGAGGGUUUAAAGCAGGCUCAGUGCUGACAGCAGUGAGCCCGAUGAGGGGCUUGAACCCACGAACCGGGAGCUUCCGCCCACAAACCGUGAGAUCAUGACCUGAGCCAAAGUCAGAUGCUUAACCAACUAAGCCACCCAGGCGCCCCAGUCUUAGCCUUUUAAAUAGAUGUUGCUAAAUCCUGCAGUCCGGGCUAGUAAGCACUUCCUUGCACUCCUCUCCUGGGAGUCACUUACAAAUUCAGUUCUAUUCCGUAUGUAUUUGUUAAUACACAUCCUGUAAAACAUUGUAGUAUGGUGGGGGGAACAGGAGGCCUGCUCUGAAGGAAGUCACAGUAGAGAGGAGCCUGUUGUGGCAUAGCAGAAAUGAUAAGGAAGCCAGAGGGCAGUGUACCAUAGAAGAGGCAUUCAGAACACAAAGCAUUCUAAACAGGCCUGGAAGUAUUGGUCCGAUUUUACCUGGAAGGGCAGGAAGAGCUGCUCCAGGCAAAAGUCAGGAUUUCAUAUCAGAAGUAGGAAGUAAGACCAUUGGGAAGGCUGCGGAGGAUAAUGGGAAGGGCAGGGGGCCAGUCAGAAGGCCUAGGUGAGGCUUCAACAUUGCUUCCCGCCCCCCCCCCCCCCCCACAGUAUGGGUGAAUAGGGGUAACUCAUUCAGCCUCUCUUGGCAUGUCACUCUGUCUCACCUGUAAAAUAGGAACAGCACCCACUCUGCCUACUUCAUAAAUUGUCUAGACCAGUAUUUUUCCGAGUGCAGGCCUCAACCUGUUACUAAAUUGAGAAGCCAACUUAAUGGCUUUAAUGGGGUGUGACCAGCAUUUUUUCUUUUUUUUGAAAAAAUAGCAUGAGAGUGCAUGGCAUGUGGUAAUAGGAGAUUUUGUUUCACGAGUCUUCUAUUUCCAUGUGUGUGUGUGUUUUGCUUGUUUUGUUUGUUGUACUAGUAUGUAAGAUCUCUGAGGUGAGGAUUUGUUUCCUUCCCUCCCCUCCUCUUUGUUCACUACUGUAUUCUGUUUAGUUUUUGGCAUAUAGUAGGUGGCCAGUACCUGCUUAUUGAGGGAAUGAAUGGAUAUAUAUGACCUGGGUCGUGAUGGAGAAGGUAUUUGUUUUGUUUUUUUUCAGUGAGUCACCCCAAGAAAAAGUCUUGAAAGCCACUGCUCAAAAAUACAGAUAAUAGUGCUUUGUAUGAUUCUGUAAUAAAAACUAAAAUGACUCACUGAUUUCAAACAGA